AUGUGUCACAAGACCACCGUAUUCUUCACGGUGUGUGCCCACUCCCGGAAGGUCCCCACAGUCAAGUGCGACAAGGCCCUCUGGUGGAAGCCCAAGUUGUCUAAGGAUCAAUGCAUCAUCACGAGAAUGGCAGAGCUGGCCCGCGGUUGGUGCGCCGAGUGCGAGGCCGUCUUCAAGGCCAAUGGUAUCAACAGCUCGGUAGUCAAAGACUUUGACCCCCGAUCUGCCGACUUCAUCUCGCGGUACUGGGCCUACAAGAGCCAGGCAGGCUGGGUAGGCCCCAUGGAUGCCACCCUCUUCCCCAAGGAUCUGGUUGAGCGCAAAGACGAAAUUGUUUGCAACACGCUUAAUGAUACUCGAUAUGAGAUCUACGCCCUGCGGCGUGAAAUUGAGGUAUACGGUGCUGACAGGAUCUGCAUUGAGAAGCUCUUCAAUUGCGUCGCCCCCGGCCCAUCCGAUUUCCCGACUAUCAUCGAGAAGGCUCGUCGCCUCACCCUCGAAUGGGGUACAUUUGGCGGAAUGGAUGAACCUUUGUUCCCCCGAAUCAGCUCGCUUCCCACCUCCAAGGCGAAGGCUCCGGAGAUGGCUAAACAAGAUCCGAAAGGCGAGGCUCCUGAACGGGUUGCCCAAGGGGAAGUCCGCAAUUGGGAGUAA